CCCCACACGGCGGCUUCUCCUCCUUCCGGCAGGCAACAUCUACCGUCCAUCUACCAUCCAUCGACCAUCUAACCAACCGCCGGUGAGAGGCUGCAACGAGUCGGUGCUUUAGCCGGACAUUGUGGCCGUGUUGGGAGAUUUUAGCGCAACAAACGCCUUUAUUUCGACGUCCCUUCAGGAAUCAUGUCCAGCUAGCGAGCGGUGAGAAGCUAGCUGCGGCUAGCUGGUCGGCGACGGUCAACAUCUUUUUUUCUCGGCCUUUCUCCACACUCAUCACCGUGUAAUGCGACGUUGUCUCCGGCGGGGGUUGGACGUGAGUCCGGUAAAAUAAAUGAUAAUGUUAUGGAAGUAUAUAGGUCAGUGUAGCUGAACGAUGCGAGUAUGUGGGUCACGCUACUUAGCCUGCUUGCUAGCUAACAGCUGGUUAGCAUAGCUAGCUCACAGCUUUAUUGGUUAUGAUUAAGUUUAUGUUCGCCAGCAUAUUCUUUACUUUUAUUGCAUUUAAGUCCACCAGUGUUGUUUUUGAUGCAGCGGCGGUGAUUUGUUGUUUCAACUCGGGUGCCUUUAGGUAGCAGCUAACUGGCUACAAACAAAGGUAGCCGCUGUCUAUCAGAAUCUUAUUUUAAAUCAUAAAUUACGUCAUUGGAGAUUUUUCUACGUGCUGGGAUCAUGCGUAACAUAGAUCCGCGACCCGUCCGCGUCGAGCCGGCCAGCAGCAGCACUCUGGGGGCCAACCAUCUGUAAAGAAAGCAGUUAUUGGCUGCCCUUAAAGUCGCUGGAUGAGGUCAUCGCCUCAUUUGCAUAAUUGAUUGUGAUGGAUGCUGUAGAAGAGAGGAAUAAUAUUGUGGGAGAAAAAAAAUAGUUCUAAAGAAAUGCUAACUAUACUCAGAACUUUCUUAAUUUGAUUUUUAGCGUUUUUUCUUUCAAUUUAAAUAGAAUCAAAUUUGAUCAAAACUAGAGGGUUGUGACAUUCUCAUCAAUUGACUGGCUCAUUAACAUGAACAAUUGGAUUAGGACGUUGCAGUGAAUUAUUUGAGCGUGACUAGACAGUUACAGCGGCAGCUUUGCACAUGCGUAUUUUAUUUGCAGUUUGGACUUUGAGUGGUGAGGGUCUCUGCCUAAUUCGCGCAGCACCAGCUGCACUUACACUGACUGCCCGUAAGUCCUUUUAACAGGGGGAGGGUCUCACGCUCGUUGAGGCAAAGCGUGUUUGCCAAUAACACCGGAGAAAGUUGCUAGAUUUGUCACAAGUAGCUGUUUACAAAAAAAAAGUAGCCAGAUUUAACGACAACGUUGCCGACGCCAGUCUGAAGAUGGCCUUUCACGGCGCAGGUCGCCCGACCGUUUGUGGCGAUUUGUUCUCAGCCUCCGACUUGGGCCGUAAGUACUUCUACGUCAACUCCUGCGGAGCCCCCACCGCCGGCCUCAGCGCGACCCCGUGUGUAAGCGGACCCCCUGCCCCGGCCGGGACCCCCAGGCACCCCACCGCUCUGGGGGGGAGCACCGGCGGUGGAGCCGCCGUGCCUCAGCCGUACAGCAACCCGGCGAGCGAGGUGCCCAGCCCGGCAGAGAUGGAGCCCGACAGACCCAUUGGCUAUGGCGCCUUUGGUGUGGUGUGGUCGGUGACGGACCCUCGCGAUGGACGCAAGGUGGCGCUGAAAAAGAUGCCCAAUGUCUUCCAGAACUUGGUGUCGUGUAAGAGAGUGUUCCGGGAGCUUCGCAUGUUGUGCUUCUUCAAACACGACAACGUCUUGUCGGCGUUGGACAUCUUACAGCCGCCGCAGAUAGACUGCUUCGAGGAGAUCUACGUGAUCACUGAGCUGAUGCAGAGCGACCUUCACAAGGUGAUCGUGUCGCCACAGCCGCUGACCACGGACCACAUCAAAGUCUUCCUCUACCAGAUCCUGAGAGGUCUCAAGUAUCUUCACUCUGCCGGAAUCCUCCAUCGUGACAUCAAACCUGGAAACCUGCUCGUCAACAGCAACUGCCUGCUCAAAAUUUGUGAUUUCGGGCUGGCUAGGGUGGAAGAGCCGGACCCCUCGCGUCACAUGACCCAGGAAGUGGUGACGCAGUACUACAGAGCGCCCGAGGUGCUGAUGGGCUGCCGGCAUUACGGUUCUGCCAUCGACGUGUGGUCUGUGGGCUGCAUCUUCGCCGAGCUGCUGGGUCGCCGCAUCCUCUUCCAGGCGCAGAGUCCCAUCCAGCAGCUGGAUCUGAUCACGGACUUGCUGGGUACGCCGCCGCUGUCGGCGCUGGCGUCUGCCUGUGAGGGUGCCAGAGCCCACAUCCUGCGUGGGCCACACAAGCCGCCGUCGUUGUCGGUGCUCUACAUGCUGUCAGACGGCGCCACGCACGAGGCCGUGCACCUGCUCUGUCGCAUGCUUGUCUUCGAUCCGGCAAAGCGGAUUUCCGGCGGCGACGCGCUGUCUCACCCGUACCUGGACGAAGGGCGCCUGCGCUACCACACGUGCAUGUGCCAGUGCUGCUACUCAGUGCCCAGCGGGCGCGUGUACACGCGCGACUUUGAGCCGGCGGCGGAGCGUCCAUUCAGCCACAGCUACGAGAACAGCCUGCUGUCGGUGUGGCAGGGCAAAGAGCUUAUCCAUCGCUUCAUCACCGAGCACCAGCAGGGCAAGCGAGUGCCGCUGUGCAUCAACCCUCAGAGCGCCGCCUUCAAGACCUUCAUCAGGUCCACCGCCUGGCACUCGUCCAAGGUGUCACGCAAGGAGGAGAGAUGAACACCUGCUCGCUGCCGCCGCAGGAGGACCGACACAUACCCUUGUCCACUUCGUGUGCACGUGAAGAAAUGUUAGUCAUGGCCCCGCCCACUGCGGCCACACAGGUGCUGAUUGUAAAGAAAACAAGUAGAAAGACGUGAAAAGUAGAAUAGUUGUUGCUUCGUCAUUCCGCACUCGCUCACGACAUGUAGCAGCCUUGAGUGCCCCCCUCACCCCCGGUGUCCACGGCGCUCGGCAGCAGAGGAUUCUGGGAAAAACCACAGACUUGUUCAUUCCUCUUUUGCGCAAUUUAUUUUGAAAGUUGUGACAGGAAGUGUGAUGCUGCAGUGUUGUCGUUAUAGUCCCUAAUUUAUUGUGCAAGACUCCGCCUCCACGAUGGGUCCCGUAAGUAAACCCCGAGUCGAGCGCCCGCACGUUUGAAGACCCUGCCCCCACCCCCACGCUACUUCCUCCUCAUUCCUCUGCCCGUCCUCGUCUCGCCGUGGCGGCGUGCUGCUGUUCUUAGUCACCACUUCCUGUCUGUGGAGGCAAAAUGAUGACGAGCGCCGGUGUUGGUUGUGACGUUCCUGACCGCCUCAAACUCACGAGCGGGGACACCUUCUGGCCUCUGCGUGGUUCCAGAGGCCCCGUGCGGUUCGCUCCUUCGAGGCUGCAGGAACUCGGCCAGAAAUUUUCUGCGAUCUCAGGAACUUUUCACGGUCAAGCGGCGCCAGGACGAGCCGGCUUCCUGCUUUGGUUCUUGUCCAGCAGGUGGCGCCACAGGAAGCUUCUAUUUCGUCUUGGCUUGUUUUACUUCAGUCAUUGUGUCCCAACAACCACAACACCUCGUUAGUUUCCUUCACCGUGACGUCAGAUGGAUCGGCCCCUUUAUUAGGAACGCCAGACCUCAGCCUGGUGUUCUUAAUAAAUAGUCUAGUCAGGUUGAAGAUUGCAAGUAGCUAGGUUGCGUAAGUUUAGCUCAUUAGUGUGUUUGUGAUUAAUUUCUUCCCGCUCUCAUUGGUCCUCCCCUUGCUGCUUGACUCCCACGACUCUCAUCGUUUUUUAGCAAUUAGCCAAGUUUGCUCACACAAAAAAAAAACUUGAUGUGUUGAUUCUGCUCUGAAAUAUGAAGUCAUGUUUUAAACUUUUGUCUGUUUUAGCUAAAAGUUUUAGUUGUAGUUUUUUGACUUGACAAAUACUUGAAUUUCUUAAACUGGUUUGCGUUCAAGUAGAGUGAUCAAUAAAACACUGGAAUAGA